GUUGCCGCCACGCCACGAACAAGUGGCUCCUCACGUGUGAGAGAGUCUCCAAGGUAUCGUACCCGAGAGCCUAAGAGGUAUCGUACCCAAGAGCCUAAGAGGUAUCGUACUCGCGGCCCGCUAAAGUGUCGUACUUGAGAGCCUUCGAGGUGUCGUGUGAUCGUUCUUCCGUUGCUAAAGUGAUAUAUGUGCCACAACGCUCAGCCAGGUGUGUGUUUACCCCGUAGUGUUGGAGGCAGGUAUGGGGGAGGCCGGAGUGGUGUACAACAAUGUUGGGGGGCCGGCGCCCCCCACCUCCCCGCCACAGGGACAGACUCCAUGGCCGCCGUCCCCCGCCGGUCCGCACGAUUCACUAACUCUUCUGGCCGACAUCGCCCUGGUGUGCGCCGACAAGCCAUGGCUGGCCGCCCUGCGACCAGAAGAUCUCCCCGCCCGUUACAACACGCCCACGCCCGCGACGACGCCCACGCCACACAGAGAGAGCAACACGCCCGUGCUGGAGCUGGACGCCCACACCACCAUCAUUACUGUGGCGCCACAGCACGACCAGCCUCUCAACCUCAGCACUAGUCCGCCACGAACGCCCACACACUCGCCGCCCGCGCCCACGCCGCCCACGACUCCGCCCCCGCCUGUACGAGACGCUCACAUCUGUCCGGAGUGUGGGCGGACUUACUCUACCUCUUCCAACCUCGCAAGACACAGACAGACGCACCGGUCCCCGGACGACAAGCGGGUGGCGCGCAAGUGUCCGUACUGCGACAAGGUGUACGUGAGCACGCCCGCCUUCAGCCAGCACAUGCGCACCCACAACCAGGGCUGCAAGUGCACCACCUGCGGCAAGUGUUUCUCCCGCCCCUGGCUCCUCCAGGGUCACAUCCGCACCCACACAGGAGAGAAGCCCUUCAGAUGUUCCACGUGCGGCAAGGCCUUCGCUGACAAGUCCAACUUGCGAGCGCACGUCCAGACCCACUCCAGCAUCAAACCCUACGCCUGCACCCGCUGUGGCAAGUCCUUUGCCCUCAAGUCCUACCUCUACAAGCACGAAGAAUCCUCUUCUUGUAUGAAGCUACAUCGAGCACUGAGUCGGAGCUGCGUGGCGUCCCACACUCCUGCAGCAGCAGCAGCAGCAGCAACAGCGGCCGUCACGAUGCUUGGCCCUCCUGACCUGCCUCCUGGCGUCAACACCGCCCUCCACCAACCACCAGUCGGCCUUGGGAGCCGCCUGGGAGCACGACCCAUGCAUACAGUAACUAUCCUUCGCUCGGCCCCAAAUAUGCAUACCGCACGCGUCCAUUGACGUCGUCGCGACGCUGUUGAAAGCGCGCGCGUAUGCGUUCCAUACCACACUCUUACACGCACGCCGGGAAGCACCUCCCAAAGCAAGAGGAACAAGGCAUAUGCGCUGUGCUCGACUGACAAAAAAAAAUUGUCACUGGUUACGAAACUAGUCAGUUGUUAUAAUGCAGUUAAGUAGUGGAGGGCGCCAUUAGAUGUAGGUCUGAUGUAAUAGGGAGAUACAGAGACAUCAUUAACCUGAUGCUAUGGAGAGACAAGGAGUUAUAUGGCUCCUACACACAUGCCUGUGUAGUUACUUGUUGCCUGGGCUAUUGAGUCACGUGUGUGGCGGACCAUAUGUCCCUCAACUAUGGUCCAGUUACGUUGGUCUUAACGAUGCCUUACCGCCGGUGACACGCGGUGAUUACUGGCGACAGGUAGUAAGGUCAUGUGACAAAGUGACAGGGAGUGCAGGUGACAGUGAUAUAGAGAGAAGGUGACAUGCUGGACAGGCAAGCAAUUUGAGGCGUCUGGGUGAUGGGUGACGGGUUGGGUGACAGGUGACGGUAGGGGUUAGGGGGGGGGGGGUUUAAGGAGUGUCUAGGGGUGACACUGGGGGGAGUAGGAGUGGGGGUUCCUCCCUACACGUGUGGUUAAGGGGACCAGCACACAGCCUGUGUUCUCUCUACUAAAAUAGAACACUUUAGGCAAUAACCCACUGCAAACUCCUACAUAUAUUGGAUGCAAUGUAGAAUGUAGAUAAUCGCUCGUGUUAACUAAUAAGAAACUAUUAAUCGGUAAAAAACAAAAAAAUAAGCAUGAAGAAGUCAUUGAUACGAAUAAUUAAGACAUAAGAUGGGUCCAAUAGAAUUUAGUAGCUAGGGAUGGCCUCCCAGCGCAAGGCCCCUUAGGUAAGGGGUGCCAGGUGCCAGAAGGCUUGGCACCAGAGACGGCCACCACUGGCAGGGGGAUAGGAGGAGGGAUAGAGCCAUAGAGGGGAGGGGGGGGAGUAGCGGGAUAGUGCCAUAGAGCAAAUAUCGGAUGGGAUAUCUAGUCAAUAGCGUGUCGAUGCCACGGCUCAACCCGGAGUUAAGAGACAUCUAGUAAGUGCUAGAUUAACCUCUUAUCGGGUUGACUGUAAUUCCUGAAGUGCCUGUAGUAAUUCACCUCUGGGACCACGGAGUAACUUGCUUUUUGUAACCUUUGUAUUACUUUGUAGAAACUCACAAAAACUGUAUAAAAAUUUAAGUCAUUAAUGUAAGAUGUAAAAUUGUGAAAGUGUUGGGUAGCUCUGGCAACAUGGGGCUCUGUGGCCCCCAGCACGGCCUGCUAGGCACAUGGGUGGCCCCCAGCACGGCCAGCUAGGCACAUGGGUGACCCCCAGCACGGCCUGCUAGGCACAUGGGUGGCCCCCAGCACGGCCUGCUAGGCACAUGGGUGGCCCCCAGCACGGCCAGCUAGGCACUUGGGUGGCCCCCAGCACGGCCAGCUAGGCACAUGGGGUGGCCCCCAGCACGGCCUGCUAGGCACAUGGGGUGGCCCCCAGCACGGCCUGCUAGGCACAUGGGGUGGCCCCCAGCACGGCCAGCUAGGCACAUGGGGUGGCCCCCAGCACGGCCAGCUAGUCACAUGGGUGGCCCCCAGCACGGCCAGCUAGUCACAUGGGUGGCCCCCAGCACGGCCAGCUAGUCACAUGGGUGGCCCCCAGCACGGCCAGCUAGGCACAUGGGUGGCCCCCAGCACGGCCAGCUAGUCACAUGGGUGGCCCCCAGCACGGCCAGCUAGGCACAUGGGUGGCCUCCAGCCCGGCCAGCUAGGCACAUGGGUGGCCCCCAGCACCACCAGACAUAAGGGUAGCCAUCA